CUCACACCGGAAACGCCGCAAUAUUUCAUAAGUGUCAGUGGGAAUUUGCCAAACAGUCCAUCGAUUUAACGCAAAAUGCUAAAGUUAAUAGCAGCUCAUUUCCUGGCCAUUUUACUAUGCAUUGGAUUAACAACGGCGACACUGCCGCCAGCGGGUGUGGUGAAAAUAACCGGGAAAGCCGCCAAGCAGUUACCGCAGUUUCAUGAGACACCGCUGCACCGUGGCGCCGCCAUUCCGGAGUGUUUUGAUGCACGCAAGAAUUGGCCCAAAUGCAAGAGCAUCGCUGAUAUUCGCAACCAAGGCAACUGUGGAACAUGCUGGGCUGUGUCGACGGCUAGCGUUGUCUCCGAUCGGCUUUGCAUCGCAUCCGGCGAAAAGAACCAGACCUUCAUAUCAGCAGUGAAUGUGGCUACUUGCACGGAUUUAUCCCGCAACGCCAUGGACAACUGCUUAUUCGGCAACGAUCCGGCCAACGCCUACAAGCAGAUGUGCAUCUACGGGGCCGUAAGCGGCGGCAACUACGACAGCAAACAGGGCUGUCUGCCCUACCCUGUCAAGCCCAUGCCGUACUCCGAGUCCAUCCCGCUGACGUGCAGCAAGAGCUGCUCCAACGGCGACUUCAAGAAGAAGCCGGAACAAGACACCUUCUUCAUCGAUACCUACUGGACUACCUACACGGGCGGUCCGGCGGCGACAUCGGAGCAGAUCAAGGCCAACGUGAAGCAGAUGCAGACGGACCUCAUGACCAACGGGCCCAUCACGUCGUCCAUUACGACCUUCAGCGAUCUGGAGAACUGGAAGCCAGAAACGGGUGCCUACCGCGGGCCAUCAGCCGGUGCCGCGAACCUCGCCGGGCACGCUAUCCGCUUGAUCGGUUGGUGCAAGGACGCCAACAAAGUCCCAUACUGGAUGGUAGCCAAUUCCUGGGGCACCAAGAAAGGCGAUAAGGGCAUCUACUGGAUUGAGAUGGGCAAGAACGUCGUGGGGAUUGAGGACCACAUCUCUGCGCCCAUCAUCAGCAUGCCCAACACCUGCCCGUCCAUCUGCGAGAAACCCAUCGACCAGAUUGUCCGUCUGCAUCCAAAAGACGCCGCUUCACCGGUGUACGCCUUCCAAGGUGACUGUGUCACGCAGAUCAAAGUGGACGGGGAAGGGAAAAUCACGCCGGUUGGGAAGCCGGAGCCGUUGGGGAAGCGCUGGGUCGGUGCGCCCACCGGUCCGAUUAAGCACUGGAUGUUCGUGCCGAAUCCACAGGAAAUCGGCAUUGCUAAGAAUGAUGGAACGGCCGGCAUUUGCUACGAACCGGCAAACUCGAAAAAGGUCGGCUGCCGCGUGGGCCGUGCCCAGCCCGAUCCAAACGCCGGUCCGCAGACGCUGACCGCCGCCGGAGACCGCUACGUAUACUAUACCGAUGCUGCUCGGAAGGCGCAGAUCUUCAAAUUCCCCGGCAACGGUCCCUAAGGCCAGCCCCUGGAUAUCGGGGAUGCUUUGAGCAGUAAAUUCAAGGAGGUCUCGUCGUUGCUGGACAUUGAUGGAUCGAAGAUGUUAGUGUGUGGCCUGGGCAUCAAGGGCAACCCGGCAUGCGGGGUUCUGGCUUACGACACAUGGAAACUUACCGGGCACAACGUCCUCAAGAGCAAAGUUACUAAAUGCUGAGCAAGACCUCCAGAAUCCGUAUUCAGCUGAUUUCUGCGCUUGUGCUGGGUGUUUAUGCUGUGCUGUGCUGUUGAUCACGCCAAAAUAGCACAGAUAUACCGCUAAAAAAAUGGUCAACAAAUACACGACUAUAUUCGACGAUUACUACGAAGAAAGAAACACUGCUGAACUGUCAAUUCAAAUCGUGUUCAGUUGUUCCGUCUCCCAAAGGUCCGUAAAUUUCGAAGGCAAAAUCGUAUCUUGGUUGCAGCCAGGCGUGUUUCGAAAGUUUCUUCCUUUCCGUGAGUUCGGCUGCUGCGCCGGCGUUCGGCUGCUGCGCCGGCGUGCGGUCGAUAUACGAGGCCGCCAGCGUGUCCACGCAGGUAACAUCCACGGCCAGCGGCUUUCCGCGUGCCCACGGUAUAAGACUUAGGCCUUGUCCCGAAUUCGAAGCGCAUCUCGUUAUGGUACGGUUGCUCAACCGCACGAGGUGGCUGUAUGCAGUGGCCAC